AUGGAAAAUGAUACAAUCAAUUACAUGAAAUUUAAAAUGGGCUUUAGUCAAAGGAUACUUUUGGCAGAUAAGGCAGUGCCCUCUAAACUUAAAUGUCAAGUGGAACGCAAAAGAAGGCUAUCUGCUGCAGGACCUUCUCCAGAAGCAUCAGCUAAGAGGCAAAGAAUUGAUCUUGUCACAGACUGUCUAAGUGCUACUGGAAUGAACACUGAAAGCUCACAAAAUGAAAGAAAUUUGGACACUAUUGAGACUGAUGCAUCAACAAAGUCUCAAACAACCAAAGACAAAGGAACAAACACUGAACCUAUCUUAAAUGUUGAAAAAGCUGUUCAAGUUACUACAAAACAGAAAGUAUAUUAUCGGAGCAAAGCUGUGCAAACAAAAUGUUCGAGUAAAAAUAUUUCUACUUCACCACUAAAAGUGUCAACUACAUCUCGUUUCACUUCGCCAUUUAAGAUCGAACCAUGUUAUCUUCAACCUUCACAGUCAGGAGCAAUUAAAGCAAUAAAGAGAAAUAUAGUCUCGCAGGAAGAAAAAUCUAGUAGUGAUAUUUCUUGUAUUGAAAGUGAUAAUAAUUCACCUUUUGUGGCUACAUCAUCACCAAAAAUUACUGACUCUGAUACAGAUAAUAUUGAAAAUAUUGAAAAAUUGCAGUACCUUAAACAUAAUAUGCACUUAAUCAAAAGAAAACCCUUAAUGUAUGUUGGUAUAACUAAAGAAUGUUAUUUUAUAGUUCAGAUGAUGCAUGAAGUGACCAACAUAAAAAUAGAACACAUUUUGCUAUGCUUAAAAAAAAUUAGACAAAAUAGCACAUUUUCUGAAUUAGAAGAUCAUUUUGGCGUAUCAAUAUCCUAUGCUAGUAAAAUAUUUCUAGCAAAUAUACCUAUUAUAAGUAGCAUUUUAAAACCAUUUAUUAUGCCCCGUGGUCGGGACGAUAUGCAAGUAAACGUGGCGGGCCUAAGGAGAAAUAUUAAAAACAUUGCGCACAACUAUUCCGAUGCCCAGGUAAAAGUGCGCGAAGCAACAUCGAACGAUCCAUGGGGCCCCUCAAGUACGCUGAUGGCGGAGAUCGCCGACCUGACAUACAAUGUCAUGGCGUUCACGGAGAUCAUGCAGAUGAUAUGGAAGCGGCUCAACGACCACGGCAAGAACUGGCGGCAUGUUUACAAGGCUUUAGUGUUGAUGGAGUAUCUUAUAAAGACCGGCAGUGAGAAAGUAGCAAUGCAGUGUAAAGAAAACAUAUUCGCUAUACAUACGCUGAAAGACUUCCAGUAUAUGGAGGAAGGGAAGGAUCAGGGACUUAACGUUCGAGAGAAAGCGAAACAGUUAGUGAACCUGUUGAAAGACGACGAGCGACUAAAGAACGAGCGCGCCCGCGCUCUAAAGGCGAAACAACGUUUCGCACAAAGCGCCAGUGCCUUUGGAAGCGAUGGCGCCCUCGACACUCCCUCCAGCCCCACCUACCCACCGCUACCCAGUGAACCAGCGGAGUGGUCAGGUCGGGAGUCGGAGUUGGCCAGGCCUCUAACAGCUGGCGAGGAAGAAUUACAGCUGCAAUUGGCGCUGGCCAUGUCAAGAGAAGAAGCGGAGAAGGAAGAAAGGCGUCGUAGGUCCGACGAUGUACGGUUGCAGCUUGCUAUCAGCCAAUCGCAAAAUGACUUCCAGACGGGCGUAGAACCUGCGCCGUCUAAAACAGCCGCGGAGCCUUCGCAACAGUCACACCUCCUGGACCUGCUCGACGUGAACCUCAGCAGUCCGCCCUCACACACCGCCCCAGUGCCCGAGCCCUGGGGCAGGGAACCUAAACAGGAAACGUCGUCGGACGCGUGGUCAGCUGUGGGCAGCCCGGCGCGAGACCCCUGGGCCCCCACCGCAGCCCCCCCGGACCCCUGGGCGCCCGUCUCACAUCUACAGAUGAUGAACAAGUCUCCAGUAUCUGUGCUGUCGUCGCCUUCGUCUUCAGAUCUGGAGCAGUUCGACGCGCUGUCGCAGCGCCCGCGCACCCAUCCAAACAACAACCUCAACAACAACCACGCCGACUCUGACCCCUUCGACCUAACCGGACUCGGUGACAACCUGAGCCCGGUGUCGUCCCCGGCGCAGGGCACGGGCGCCGUGAAGAAGUCCCCGUCGGCGUUCCUCGGCGAGAACUCGUCGCUGGUGAACCUGGAGCGCCUGCUGCAGCCCCCCGCCCCCGCGCCCGCGCCCGCCCCCGCCCCCGCGGCGCCCAACCCCUUCGCGGCGCUGGACGCGCCCCUCGCCCCGCUCGCCCCGCACCCGCCCCGCCCCGCGCAGAUGUUCGCGCAGCCGCCGCCGGCCCGAUUAACAAUGAACGAGCUGAAGCAACAGCAGAUGGGCCUCCAGGGGCUGUCGUUCCCGAGCACGUCGCCAGCGUUCGGCGCGCCCGCCGCAAUCAUGGCGCCUGCCCCCCUCCUCCCCCCCGCCGACCCGUGGGCGCCCGCCACAGGCGCCGCCCUCCCCAUGGUGGGAGCGGCAGGGGUGGGGAUGCCGGUGACGAGCAUGGGCGUGGACGGCAGGUCCAGCUCGCCGUGGUCGCCUCCACACCAACGUCACACGCCGAAUCCGUUCCUCUCCUAG